UUUAAAUAUUGUCCCUAAAGUUUUUUUAACCUUUUAUUUAUUGAAGAAUUUUUUUCUAAUUAAAGUAUAAUUGACUUACAGUAUUACAUUAGUUUCAGGUGUAUAGCAUAGUGGUUCAGUAUUUUUAUAUAUUGUAAAAUGAUCACCACAGUUCCUGGGAUUGCUUUAUGUGAGGUGAUUUUAAAGGUUUGGUAUAUUAGGUAAGAUAACACUCAGAAAUCUAAAUGUCGUGUAUCCUUGUAAAUAUUACUGAUUUUUCUAGUGUAAGUUACAGUUUUUAAAGGAUAUUAAUGUCUCAGGCUACUUCAUCUUUAGUGGAUUGCUCAUUUCUCCCCCACCCACUUCCUAGCUUGUUUUCAUUAUUUUCUUAACAUUUGCAAACUACACAGAUUUCUGGAUUGUAUUACAUCCUAAGGUGUAUAGAAACCAGUGUUUCAGUUUUUAAGGUUUAAGGAUUUGUUUAUUAACAUUACUCUUCUCUAAACCUUUCUAAUUAUCCAGAUCUAGGAAUGUCUUUCCAAACUUGCCAGAAAUGUAUUCCCUUAAUACUGUCAUCAUACCAGCAUACAUUACAGUCAUUCUUCCUGCUCAGCCUAACAUUCUUCUACUUGCUGGCUAGUAGGAUUAACAGUAAUAGCCCUCGGUGUCUCUGGCUUAGUAAUUUAGGUGCUCAUCCUCACUCAUAACCUUUAUCAGAAUGAGGUUUUUUUACCUAAAAUACUCUGUGAUUCAAUUCAAAACCUAGGAGAUAAAAUGGGUUGGAUUGGCUUGAGUUAAGGCAAGUUUGAUUUACACUUACAGGUGUCUAAAUAAUGGCAAAACAGGAAUGGGACAUAUCAGCUAUGUGCAGUCUAUAAAGAGGAAAAUAUGAAGUGAUUGUGAGUAAUGAUUGCUUAGUCCACUAUAUUUCCUAGUAUCUUUGUCAAAGUUGUAGUAUGUCUGCAAACAUGCUUAUUUUUUAAGUGCUCAUGAUAAGAAUGAUGGUGUACUCAAGGAGUAUUUAAAAAACACUGGAAAUGGCUCUAAGUCCCACAUUCUUAUUUAACUGCUGAAGCAAUUACUACAGGUUGCUAUGAAGUUAGCAAAACAUUGUUACAUCUGAGGCAGCACUGCCAUCAUAAUUAGUAGACUAGUGAAGUUCUAGAUGAGAAUUCCUGUCACUAGGGGCAGUGAUGGCUUCAGGCAAAGACACUUGUCCGAUCUUACCUAAACUCCCCAACAACUGUUGUGAUGAGAAUUCAGAUAAGCCUGCUAAUAAGUGUUGUGAGAUUCAUUUGCCACGGUUUUCCUUAAAGCAAGGAAUGAUCCCAAGAAGUUAUGUAAUGCCUUGGAAACAGAACAUGGAAUUCAGGAAUGUGAAUCUGAAGCACGCAGAAGCAUGUGGGAUCCAUGCUGGCCCUUUGGAAGACACUCUGUUUUUGGAUCACAGUGAAAGGCUUUGCCAUGGGGAAGAUCGUAAAGCUGUCUUGAAGAAAGGCCCGCCAGAAAUAAAAAUUGUAGAUAUGCCUCUGCAUUCACCUCUCUCCAAGUACCAAAGCACUGUGAUUUCCCAUGGCUUCAGGAGGCGACUGAUCUGA